AUGCCGUUGAAAGGGCCUAAAAAAAAGGAGGCUUACUUAAAAAGGAAAAGAGAGAAGAAAGUAAAAAAUAUCAACCAAAUGUCUCCAAGGGCACAAAGAGCACAAAGAAAGCGUUGGAGAGAAAAUUCGAAGCGAUACCUGGAGAAGAAAGCACAAGAACGGAAGAUACAAGAAGUAACCAUUUCCCAAGUGCUCGAAGCUCACACAAAAAUAAAUGAUAAAGAGUUCUCCGAUCCUUUGUAUGAGGAAAAUAAAUACCAAAAGCGCUGCAGAAUUUUGACAAAGAAAUUAAAUAAAAUAAAAGAACAUCAGGCAUAUACUGUUUGGGAAGAAAACAUUGCAUUACCUACUCAAGUUCCUAUUCAUACACCUAGUAGCCCUGAUGCUGCCAAAGAAGCGACAACCGAACAAGGUAUUUUAAAGUCUUCUGGCAAUUUGAAACGUAGACCUAAUUUAGAGUUUCGUAAAAAGUGUUUUAAAGACAGAUUUCAGCAGAAGAUUAAGCAAGGCAAUGAUAGCAUCCAAGAAUUAAUCAAAAGUUUUUAUGAAGAUGACAUUAACAGCCGCAUUGGUGCAGGAAAGAAACAAUAUGUAAAAAAAUUUGGAAUAAUAAAACAAAAACGGUAUCUGCUGGAUUCUGUUAAAAAUUUGCAUAAAAAAUUUCUUGAAGAGAAUCCUAACAUACUGAUUAGUUAUGUAACAUUUACAAGACUACGUCCAUUUUGGGUCUAUUUGCCACGAGAUGACAGGGAAACAUGUGCAUGUCUGGCACAUACAAAUAUAGAUCUAAUGAUUUUAGCUUUAAAGAAAAAUAAAAUAGUUGACAUAAGGAAUUACCGGGAUAUGCUGCACGUUCUUUGUUGCGACAAAUACAAUAAAAAGUGCGUUGGCAGAGAUUGUAAAACUUGUAAAAACAGAGUUAUAUCGUACAAUGAAUUUAAUAAUACGGACGAAAUCGAGUACCAUGAAUGGUGCAGAGAUAAAAAGAAAUUAAGCUCCAAAGAAAUAAAUAUAGUGAAAAAAUUUACAAGGAAAAUAAUGCCUAAAGACCUGAUACUUAAACUUGAGCAUUCCCUUCCGAAAUUCUUUAUUCAUACUGUGAACAUCCUCAAUCAACAUCAAGCUGUUACUCUAUUGAAAGAAUCCCUUAAUCAUGACGAAACAUUACUCCACAUGGACUUUUCUGAAAAUUAUAGUUACAAAUUUGCUGAAGAGGUGCAAAGUCUACACUUUGGGGGUAGCCGGGGACAAGUAUCUCUUCAUACCGUUGUAGUUUAUCUCAAAGAAGGAAGAGAGACUGUUAAUCACUGUCUGUGCACGGUCAGCGAAUGUACACGGCAUGAUUCCCCUGCAGUCUGGGCACACUUACAGAAGGCGUUACAAUUUGUGUUCGAAAAAUGUCCUUAUAUUACCACCGCCCACAUUUUAACAGAUAGUCCAACAAGCCAAUACCGAAAUAAACAAAUAUUUUACAUAUUGACUCAGCUCCGCGAUACCUUCCCAUCGUUAAAGCUAGUUACUUGGAAUUACCAAGAAAGUGGUCAUGGCAAAGGCGCUCCUGACGGCAUUGGCGCUGUGGUUAAGCGGACAGCUGAUCAUCAAGUUAAAUGUGGGCGUGACGUCGGGGAUUUUUCAACAUUCCUUGCAGUUGUUCGCGAAAAUAUUAAAAAUGUUGAGAUAAAAGUAGUAGAGGAGCAUGAAAUUAUAGAAAAAGAACUUCUUCUUCCUAAGGAUAUUUCACCAUUCAAGGAUAACAAGAACUAUGUGAAAGAGCUGAAGAUAUUACUUCAGCGACAAGAUGAGCAAGUGAAGAACGUUGUUUCAUUAUGUAUGAACACUAUCAAGGAAAUGAAGUCAGGAUCCUUGUAUUUAGGAAAUCAAAGCACUAGUCAACCACCACUAUCCAGUCCUGGUGUAUCUGGUACUCCCCAACACGCUGCCACCGAUACUGACGAAACUACGGACAGCGAGCAAGAGGGCAAUAUCCUAGGUUGCAAUAAAUCAGUAGUCAAACAAAAUACUCAGUACAAGUGCGCCGAAUCAUCUGUAGCUGUUUACAACAAUCGAUCUACAACACAACCCAACAAGUUCUACAGUCGCAGAUCAAUGGUGAGCAGUACUCCACUACCUGGAAGAGAUAAUGACGAAAAUAUUAAGCUUACCUUCGACCAAGGCACACAAACAGACAAUGAGAUGUUUUAUCCGCCAUUACCUAAAAUCGAGGAGAUGGAAAGUGUACUCAACCGCCUUUACAGACAGUUCCUCUCAUUGAUAUCAGAGGUUCACAUAGACGAUGCUAUGUCAAUUCUAUCAGAGGUGUCGGAACUAGAACAGUAUGCCCCUGAACCUCCUGUAAACGAAACAUCGACAGUGAAAGGUGAAUCACCUGUAGAACAAAAUGGAAACACUACUAAUGUCGGGAUUGAGGAGAAAAAUCAAUCAAAACCAAAAGUUUUGCGUGUGAGACGUGCAUCGGCGCACACAACUAUUUGCGGAGAGCCUGGGACUAAUAAUGCAGAUAUGGUACCUAUUGGAAGCGGUAACGUUUUGGUGCCGACAAGAUUACUAGUAGAUUUGGAUUGGACGUCAUAUACAACUGCUACGAGACAAUUGCUACAGGCCGUUUUUCCACGAAGAGUUUUGGCGACUCACUGCCUUUCGGGAAAACAAUCUCCAGCAUUUACAAACAAACCACCGAAGAAACGUUUAGAUCCUAAAUUAGUUGACGAUAUCAUUGACACUGUAGCUGAGAGAUGUGGUGUUCAUAAACGACUUGUAAGGAGCUGCAUUACUACGAAGUGUACUGAUGAAGCAAAAUUGUAUAGAAACCGUCAACAUUACAAACGUAUGCGCCAAAUGAAUCAAAACCAAGAAAACAUGCCACCUUCGUCCGCUUCGUCGAACGCUUCUUCAAAUGCAAGAGAGUAA